AUCAUUUAAAAACAUUAAUGUGUAUAGGUCACCUUUCAAGCCCACAAAUGCCUGUGGUUAUUUCCAAGUUUGAGGGAAGUCUUUAGAACAGCCCCAAACAUUUGCUCUGGAAAGGGAAGUUUUCCUGCCCUGCAGAGGUGGAGAAAACAAGCCCAGUGACUUGCCCGUAGGACUGGCCUGGGACCCAGGGAGUGUCUUGGCUAUGACUUCCCAGGCCACUCUUGCUUCAGCCCCCACCUGGAGUUUCCCCAGCAACUCAGCUCACACCGUCCUCCUGCUGGGUGUCUAGGCUGCUCAGCUUCCUCAGUGGUCCCACACUGGAUGUGACCAUCAAGACUCCCUUAGCACUACCCCAGACCAGAUCCGGCCAAGUCUCACUCACCCUGCAGAACUGUGAGCCAGUCUUCACCGGGAUCCACAUGCGAACACGCCUGCUCUCUUCAGUGACAAAAGUCAUGCUGAAAUGGGCUCUGCGGAACUCCUUACCCAAUAUGGUAAGUUUGACAAGGUGGGCCCAGCAGACCCUGCAGAUCAGCUGGAGGCACGGAGGAACAGCCAAGCUGUGCCCAGUGGUCCGAUUCUGGUUCUACAUCAUCAGUCAACAGCUGAGCAUUCUGAAAACUGUCGUUCAGAAACUGACCGCCGACUUGGGGAAGCUUCAGGAAUCCAAGGGUUGGCUCCUGGCCAAGGAGAAGGUACAGGAAAUGAAGAACUUGGUGAACGAUGUUCCUUCUAAGAUCUCUCCAGCUAAGGAUGAGACUUUGGGGUUGAACAUCAUUAACUCCCGCACCCUGAAAAUCAAAGUUGAACUGACUCCUGAUGGCGAAGGUGUUAACAUAAGGGUCCCCAUCGUCGCUAAUGUCACCCUGGCCCUGCCUGUCAUUGGCCAGGUGGUCGACCUGAAGGCCUCUUUGGACCUCUUGACUGAUGUCAGAGUUGCAGUCGAUGCCCAGACUGGCGCCCCCAGAGUGAUCAUAGGAAAAUGCAGCAGUGACCCAGACAGCAUCUCACGCACCGUGCUGGACAGAUCGAUGCCCAGCGUCCCUUGUAGCAUCUCCAUCUGGGAAGGUGCAGCCAUGCCCCAAGCAGAGCGAUAGCCUGAGUGCAGCCAGAAGGGGCUCUCCCAGAGACUCCUCCUCGAAGUCGGUACAGCAGCCUCUGUGCUCACCACCCUCCACCCCCUGCAACUAAAGACCACUUCGGCACCCUCUUGUGUGGCCCAUUUUAUUCCCUCCAUUGGGAUUGGGGGAGGGCAACGAGGUGGUAGAGACCUGGGUGGGAGCUGGAAGGGACCUCUGGGACGAUCCAGCUUGUUUUACAAAUUGGAACACUGACACACAGAGAGGGCAAGAGACUGACCCAGGGUCACACAGCCAGUUGGUGGCAGUGGCAGGCUCUUGAUUCAUCCAUUCACAUGCUCA